GUUCUACUUGACCUAGAAUUAACAUAAUAUAAUUAUUAUUUUAUUACAGUCAUACAGAAUAUGCCCGAUGGGCAUACGUAGAGUCAUAGUCCGUAGAGAGCCUAAAUAUUAUUUAAGUUCUCUAGUCGCUGGGCACGCGGAUAAUACCCGAGAGCUUAUCAUUAGGAUAAGUAACAUUAAAAUCUUAUCAAUCGCGAUUUAACAAUUUAAUAACAAAUAACAACAAUAAUAAUAAUAAUUGUAAAUAAUAAUCCUGAAUUAGUUCAAAGUGUCAGGACGACGUGUCGACACGUUUAGGACCAAAGACCUAACGUCCAAACGGCAAUCACUCAGAACUCGGAAGUUAUCUGAUUACAGCUGUGAGGUUUACAAAGAAAUCUCGAAAAAUAGUUUCUCAUCAUGUUGGCAGACGAAGUGGAAUCCGAAAUACAUUUCAUGAAAACUUAUAGCAUAAUGAAAUGGGACGAACUAAUAAAAUUAAAUGAUGAUCGUAAAUCGCUUAACCAGAAAAUUACACUUGGGUUGGCCACCAAAGAGGAAUUAAUGAAACAAAUAAAAGUUGAACUAAAUAUGCUGGAUACGUGUCAGCUUAAAAUUGAUCAAGAAAUGAAAGAAAACACUGAGUAUAUUAACACUGAAAUACUUACAAUCUUAUCAAAUCGUAUCAAUGAUAUGUAUAACAGUGUGUUUCUACUGUUUCCCGUUGAAAAAACUUCAUUAUCAGAAUAUAUUGAAUUUUGCUCAAAUAAUACAUUGUUUAUUACUAAAUGUAGCAACAUGUUGGAUACACUUAUGACGAGAUAUCAUAGUGAUCCUGAAGUGUACAUAACUGCAGCAACAUAUGAAUUUGAUGAUCGAAAUGAUGUAGAAUCGGCUAGAAAAUACUUUGCAGAAGGAUUAAAAUAUCACAAAAAUUGUAAAAAUCUCUAUGUAGAAGAGUUCUGGGUAGAAGUACAACAUUUAGAAAAGACUGCAGGUGCCUCACUUCCAAUUGCCAUUGGAAAAUAUAGGAACCUCAUAAAAAUUUUUGAAGGUGAUAUAGAAUUUCAUUUUAUAUUAUUGGACAGAGCAAUAAAAUUAAGCGCAGUUAGAGAAUUGCAAUGUAAUGUUGUCAGAGAUAUGGUUAAGAAGUAUAGGCAUAGUGAACUGAUGUGGCAAAAAUUAGCAAAAAUUCAUUUUGAUGGAUUUAUCUAUCACCAGGAGACUGAGCAAUUACACUAUGAUAAAAAUUAUAUUAGUGGUAUUAGAAACUGCAUUAAAACCUAUGAAAACGGAUUGAAAGAAAAUUUACCACUAAAAAAUAAACAUAAGUUAUGGAACUUUUAUAUUGAUCAUAUUAUAGAAAUUCGGAAAUCUUAUCGCAUGAAAAAAGAAACAAUAAGAAAUUUUAUGAAUGAUACAAUGGAACGAGCCUUUCAAGAAGCUCAUGAUAACAAGGCAUUAAUUAAAGCUCAACAUUAUAUUUAUUGGGCUGAAAACACAAAUAAGAACUGCCAUAGGAUUCUGAGAAAAGCAGUUGAUGUGAUACAAGAUAGUGUAGAACUCUGGAUUACUUUGAUAUCAUAUUAUUUAAACUAUGACAGUCUGGAAAUGGCCAUCGAAUCUUUUCAAGCUGGUGUUCGGGCUUUGACAAGCAAAUCAAUGCCUUUAUGGGAAAUUCUAAUUUUAUAUAUGGGAAACACUCAUCCUAAAUUGCUCCAACAAUUAUACCACGAAGGUUCACAUUUUCCAUUCCCAGAAAUAAAUUUUGUAAUCAGGCCUGAAUAUUUGGAAUGGAGCGUAGUUCACAAUGGAAUACUUUCAACUCGUGAAUUGUUCAUUGAACUUAGAGAUAUAAAACCAGAAUGUAAACAGCUGUAUACUACCAUGAUUUCAUUUGAACUCACUCAGAGCUCCAAAAUUACCAAAUUAAAAACUAUUAGAAAAUUGUAUAAUGAUGUAUGUAAUGCUUUUGGCCAAACAGAUAUUGGAGUAUGGUCCGACUGCAUACGUUUUGAGUACAUGUACGGUUCUCAUAAAUUAGUGAAAGAAAUUUAUCAAGCAUCGUUACUGUGUUUGGUACCAGAUUUAAGAAGUGGUAUGACACAAGAGUUUGAAAAACUUAAGGAAGAAUUCAUGGAGGAUGAACCUAAAGAUGGAGGAAUUAUUGUUAUUGACGAUGACGAAUAAUUUUAGUUAAAAAAAAAAAAUUUUUAAGUAGUAACUUGUGUACUUCUUUUAUUAUGUCUGUGAUAUGUAGUAUUAAUUUGAAGUCUGUUUAUUAUUAAUGAUUAAUUUUAUUUAUUUUUUAAGUGAUAGAAGCAUAAAACAACAAGAUAUUCAUUUAUUUUUUAAUAUUUUACCUAUAUUUAAAUACAAUUUAAUACAAAUGUGCAAGUAAGACAUAUCAUAUUAUAUUAUUCAAGCAAUUUGCAGCAAUAAAAAAAAAAAUAAUAAUAUUGCAUGUCUUGGAUGAAGCAGUUGGCUAUAUCAUCUAAUUGACUGCUGUAGUAUAAAAUAAUGAUCAGUACAUAAAAUAAGUAUUAAUAGUUAUUGCCUAGCUGCCUAAGUAUCACCUGAAAAGAGAAGACAUUUUCAUUACAUCAAAAUUGGGUUUAUAUUUCUGCAAUAAAUUCAACAUUUUCUGAAAGAAGUUUUGUGUUUAUCUAUGGAAAAUCUGAGCCAUUGAUGUAAUUUAAUCACUCUUAUUUUAAUGAUCAAUAAUUCAAAACUAGUUAGAUAAUUACUAAUAAUUAUUAAUUGUAUAUACUGCAGUAUUGCAGUAUGACUGCAAUAUAUUGAAUUUAAAGAAGUUACCUAAAUAAAUGUGGGUGACAAGCUUUAAAAAAAAAUCUACAUUUAUAUAAAGAUAUUAUCAUUAAAUACAAUUUUUAAUAUUUUUUAUGUUUAAUUUAUUAUCCCUUUACUACACAAAUAAUUGAGUUUAGAAACUCACCCAGUUUAUUUUUUCUACAAAAUGUAUAAUGUUAGAUUAUUUUUAAAGAAAUCUAAUAAUGUCACAACAACAGCAAAAUUACAUACACAGUUAUCCACUCAAGUCACAAAACGAGACGUGAGUGCCGCGGGACAAAGCUGUGGAUUAGUGAGCUAUAGGCCCUAGUGGUAGUCUUCCACUGAGUAGUAGUAGUAGAACCGUCUUCUAAGUGCCAAUCACAAAUUACACCACGUAUAAAUAUUAACGAACAUCAUUUAUUUUUAUUACUUUCUGUGACUUGUUAGUUGAUUUUUAUAAAUUUAUUUUAGUUCCAAUUGAAUUAUAAACUUACCUAUUGGUUGAGUUAUUUUCAGAAAUGUUGUAAAGGCAUUAGGUAUUUAAGGUAUUAGGUAGGUACCUAAAAUUAUUUUUAAUAAUAAUUUUUAAAAUUAUCAGGAUUUUUAAUUACAGUUUUAUUAACCAAGCCAAACUUGAAUCAAUAGUCUUUAUAUAGAUCUAAUUCAUAACAAUAAAUGAAUAAAAUCAUUUAAAAAAAUGUAUAAACCUUGUAUAUACUAAAUUUUAACAGGAAAACCUGACAAAUUCAACAACUUUUGUUUUGAUCAUAAUUUUGUUUUAAUUGUAUUACAUAAUUUAUAACAUGUAUAAUAUAGCAUUUUUUAUUUUUUAAUACGAGAAAAAAAUCUAAUUCAAAUUUUUUUUAAAAAAUUAAAAUUAACCAAUUUGUAGUUCUAGUCUUUAGAAAACUUAAUUUAAAAACAUUUAUUUAAGUCAAACGGCUUAUUUCUUUAUGAAGUAGAUCAUUAAUUUGAAAAGUAAAUAUAUAUGUAACCGCGAGUCAUAAAUUAUAUAAGCAAAAAAAAAUUCAAAAGCAUUGAGAAGAACAAGUUAUUUAAUUUAUCAUGUUGUAACAGGAAAACCUAUAUAUGGGUGGUAAAUUCUUAUUAAGAUAAUUAUAAAAUAAGUGUUAGAUUCUUAGAGUAUCUAACAGAAAUUCCAUUAACCUAUAGUACUACCUAAUAUAUGUAGGUACUUCAUAAUAUUAUUAGGACUAUAUUAUGAAAGUCUAAGAAGAUAUUGAGAAAAAUAUAUUUUCUAAAAUAAUUGAAUAAUUUGGGAACAAUAAAAAGGUCCAAAGAUAAUAAUUAAUGAAUCAAAAUAUUUAAAAUUUAGAUUUAACAUAUUAUUAGCUCAAUAUAAAGAAGAGAAACAAUGUUUUUUCUUUAACCCAAACAGCAAGUAAUUCACCAAUACAUUGUCAUUAAACAUGCAACCAAUUUACUAUUUCCCAAAUCAUCGCUGUCAUUUCAAACCAAUAAUUUCAUUUUCUGCAAAAGAAAACAUAGAGUACUACUAUAGUAAAAUUAAUAAUAAUAAUUAAAGCCUUAUAAAACCUGUAUGUUUUGUUGGAUUACAACAUUUCUGGGGCACUUACUGAAAUAAAGCAACGUAUUACAUCAGACAGCGACUUAGAAUUUAUCCACAUCUCUGAAUUUAUAAUUAAAAUUAAUGGUUUGUAAUGACCUACGAUAAUCCAUUUUUAGAUUCUCAGUGGAGCGAGGGAUCUAGUGGUUUUACAAUGAUGUUUAUUUAUUUAUUUAUUUUUUUUUUUACCCUAUAUACAAAAUUUCUACCAGAAGGAGUUUUUCGAUUUUAAUAUACAGUAUCUUAAUAUCUUUUAACAAAUUGGAUCAAAAUUGUACUUAAGAAAGGGCAUUUUUCGAUUUUUUUCAAUAGGUAUCUAUUUAAUGGCACGGGAAAAACUACAGACAAAUUACAAAAAACCGCUAAAAAUAGGAUCUUAAUUUAGAACGCUUUGUUUAUCACCAUAGAAACGAAUAAAAAUAUUUAAAAAAAUAUUACGAUUUUAGUUAUUUUGUUGUAGUUUAUAAUAUUAAUUCUACUUACAAUCUAUAAUAAAAUAUAAUAACAAUAUAAAUAUCCAAACUGAUAAGCCACCGUCUUCGUUCAGAAUCAUUUUUUGUAUACAAUGAUAUGAUAUCAUUGAAUUCAAAUUUAAUACAAUCCAUUAUAUAGUAACCCACUUGUAACCUACUGUACAACAGAUGGACAUCCACUUACCCGUUUUUUAAAUGUUGAAUGUUGCAGUCUUUUGUACAUCUCAAUAAUUUUAUAAUUUAUAAUAUUUUUAUUGCAUAUUUGAAAUGCAUUCUUAUGAUAACUGCUAUAAUAUUGUAAAUAUAUUUUUAAGGCAUUGAAUUAUCUGCCUACAUAAUAAUGUGUCUAACAUAACAUAAUAUAUCUUAAGGUUGAGCACCGUGUUUAACAAUAUAUCAAUGCAAUAAAAAGUGCAUAUCAGUUGAACCUUUUUGUAAAUUGUUUGUAACUCAUAACUUGCUUUAAAAAUGAAAUAUAAUAAAAAAAAGCCAAUGUCAUGCCCUAGAUAAUAAUAGUACCUUAAAAUUCUAUGAUCUGCUGGACUUAAAAUUUGCAAUGUUACACACUUGUAAGAUGGAAGCAACAAAUGUCUGUGUAGCGUUAAGUAUAGUCAGUACAGAGUAUAAUAUGGAAUUUACUUGCGUUGCUUGAUCGCCAUAGACUGAGUAGUGUGUAUCAUUCAUCAAAAAUGUGCCAAGUACUAGCAGCUGUGUUGACGGAGAAGAGCCAAUCCAUGCUUUCUAAGGGCAAUAUUCAAAAUGUUAUGAGGAGGGUCGCCGUAGAAGAGAUUGCCCUUAUUAAGUUACCUACUGUAUGUUAACUCCACCUGCGGAUGAGACGUCUAAGACAAAAUAGCCAAAAAUUAAAACAUAUUUAAAUUUAAUUUAAACAUUUUGAUUAUUAAAAAAAAAAAUGUUAAAGAAAUGUUUGUUUCUUUAUUUCAUAAUUUAUACAUAUUUAUUCUAUAUAAGUUAUGAUCUAUUGAUUAUAAAACAAAUUAAUUUUAUAAAUUAGACUAAUACAAAGUUUAUCACAAAUAUUAGUCAUAUUACUUAUAAGUUAUAACUCAUAGGUACCUACUGUAUUUUGAUGUUCUCUACACAAAUGCACACAAUUUCUUUCUUUUAUUUUUUUUAUUUGGCGCAAACUUUAAAGUUAUAUAUGGAGUUGAUUUGUUGUUUAACUUUGCACCACGGUAGAUUAUACUAUAAUGUACGGUGCUUUGCUCCCCUAAUUUCAGUUUUAAACAAAACUGGUGCAAUGUUAGAUAUACAUAGCUUAAUGCCUUAAUCUGUACCUUGGAAAAGAUCUAA